UAAAAAACUGCGUCGUUUCGGUCUGUCUUCUUCCGUUCACCAACAAAGCUCGCCUGUCUUUUCAUAACCAGCCAUAGAAGAAAAGAAAAACUCGAUAAAGGCCUUUGUCUCGCUUCGCCUACCGGAAAAAUUUAAAGAGGGUCAAAAUUGGAUGAGCUCAUCUCUAAUCUAUUCGGAUAGCAGAGUCGUAUUACGUGAAAGUAAUUGAUUGGUAGAUAGGAGAAGAAAUUCAAGUCUAAUGCCGGAAGAGGAUUUAGUUGAUAUAAAAUUUAGGCUUUACGAUGGGUCCGAUAUCGGGCCGUUCCGGUAUUCAACGGCAUCGACGGUGGAUAUGCUUAAGCAAAGAAUUGUAUCCGAUUGGCCUAAAGGUAAAACAGUUACUCCAAAGGCAGUGAAUGAAGUGAAAUUGAUUAGCUCUGGUAAAAUUUUAGAUAACAGCAAAACUGUUGGCCAGUGUAGAACACCUUUAGGCGAAGUUGCUGGGGGAAUCAUCAUAAUGCAUGUUGUUGUACAGCCAUCUCUAGCAAAAGUGAAAACAGAAAAGAAGAUUGAUAAUUCUCCCAGGAAACUUGUGUGCUCAUGUUCCAUUUUAUGAAGGCAAAUAUGUCGAUAUCUGGGGAAAUGCUUUAGGUACAGUAAUUGUUUUCUUUGAACAUCCCAUGUUGGAUGUUGCAGUAUUCUUGUGCACAACUACUCGACUAUCAAAAAGUGUUGAUGUGUUUAUAUUUCCUCCUUCCCUCUUCCUUGGUUUGUUUUUUCAAGACCUUAAAUGCUUUGCAGCAGUAACAGAAAGCUGUAUAGCCCCAUUGAUGUAAGGACAAGUUCCACAAUCAAAUUUCACAGAUAAUACCCGUGCGUUAAUGAUGUUA